UUCACUGUGGACCAGGCUGUGGAUGCGGCAGUGAUCUUUUUCUCGGACAACAACUUUUCCCUCUCACUCGCUCCCUCUCUCUCUCUGUUUGUCUCUCUCUCUCUGGCGUGCGCGUCCCGCUCCGCUGCGACUGAGGGGAGGCUGCCCCAGGACAGAGAGGCUUCUCAGCAGCCCGUCGCCACUGGCCGCAGCCCCAGACGCUUCACUCCCAGGGACACCCGGACGAAGCCAUCAUGUGUGACUGCUUCCACAUCGCCUUCCCCAACUGGCACACCUCGCCAAGCACGGGGGCCAGCCGAAGGCUGCAGGGACCACAGGACGAAUCAAUAUGUGAUGAUCCGUCCCACAUCGUAGAGGAGGAGAGACCACGGCCACAGGGAUCCUCGCCUGUAGAAGAGUUUCCUGAAGCGGGAACAGACACACAGGGUGGAGAGGAGCUUUACGAUCCGCUCUACAAAAGUGUCAAGAAAGAAAAGAGGGCCGGGCGAGGAUUCGGUUCUCUGUUUGACAAGCGCUCCACGCCCAAGACGAGGAAGCUGGAGGAAAUGAAUAUGUCAGAGUCUGGGAUGAUAGUGAAAACAGCUAAAGAGGCCUGUUCUGAGGGUCUGGUGGUGAGGGGAGGAGGAAAGGAGGGCCUCUUCAUUCAGGAAGUCAGACCUGAGUCCCCUGCCUCCAAAAACACGAGUGUGAAGGAGGGGGACCAGAUCAUUAGCGCUACAGUGUACUUUGAGGAUGUGGCAUACGAAGACGCUAUCCAGAUUCUAGAACGAGCCCAGCCUUACAAAGUAGAGUUCUGUCUGAAACGCAAACUCAUUGAAGCUGUCACCCUGGAAACUGAUCCAGCCUUGCCUUCUGAAAUCGUAAAUGGGGCAAAGGACUCCUCUCCAGAGAUGAGGAGACGUGGAAAGACCAAACGGCAGGGUGAUGGCCGGAUCUCAUGGCCUAAGUUCCCCUCCUUUAGUAAAGGACGAAAGUCACGUUUUAAGAGAUCUCACAGCUCCUCAGAGGCUGACGAGCACCGUCAGUUGGAGCUCAGCCCAACGACAAGCGACACAGAGUCGCCGAUCAAGACUCAGGACGCUGUCAAGCCCAAGACUAAAAAGCAUAAGAUGAAGUUGUCAGGUCUGAGAAUGAAGGGCCGCUUCAGCAGGUCUGUAGACCAGGCUGACGAGGAAGCACACAUCCCAGGAGCAGAGGAGAAGGGGCAAGGCUCAUCAGGUAUCCACUCACCUGACCCACCAGGGAGUCCAGCAGGAGAAUCACCUCAGGUAUAUGCGUUAGAAGAUCCAGAAGAGACAGGGUGUGACCCACAAUACAAGUUGGAGCUCCUCAGCUUGGACACAACUUUAAAAACAACAGAUUUAACAGCUGCAAUAACUGACCAAGAGUGCCCCUCUGGCAAGAAAUCCCCCGAAAGAAAGACAAAGAAGAAGAAAGAGCGUUCUGAACUAAAGCUCAGGAUCAUGGGAAAAGAAAAAGCAGCUAGUAGUCAAAAGAACAAAUCCAUACAGAAACAGGAUGUAACAGUUCAGUCUUCGCCACAAAGACUUAAGACUCUAGGAGCCAGUAUGGAGACCACUGAGCCACUUACAAACAUAUCGAUGACCCAUAGCGAUGUAUCACACACAGAACUGGAUUUGUGUCAAAUCUCUGUUAACACUGAAGCAAUCAACAUUUCCAGUCAUGAGAAAAUAUUACCCUCUACCAUGGCAACUGAUGUUGAAAUGAGCAUGCCUAAAGUAGACCUGUCUCUUGACAUGUCAGAAGUAGGGCUUCUCAGGCAAUCCCCAAAGACUGUGAGAGAGAAAGAUUUAACAGAAUCAUAUGGUAUACGGACAAGAGGACCACUUGGAGACAUGGGCACAGCUAAGCCACGGACGGCAGAAAUCCAGGGUACAGGUAGUGACAGUAUUACACUUCUACCUGAAAUGAAUAUCGAGGAUUCCAAAAUGGAUGUAUCUAAUCUUCUGUCCAAAACUAAAAUCAAUUAUGCUUCAACCGACUUUGAGGGAAAAAUCACUCCCACAAUCAAACUGCCACGAGUGGACCUUUCUGACAUUGUAUCUGAUCAACUUUUAACAUUUACAGAUGUGAAUGUUAAAAGAAGUAGAGAUUAUACUGCAGAAGUUGAGGGUGUGAAGAAAGAAAUUUCAGAUUACCAACUUCCCAAAGUAAAACAUUUCAAAGACCAACUUCCUAAACGUGAAGAUUUAGUUAUACCUGGCAUGGAAGAUGCAUUGACAACUAAAUCCCAAGUGAUGAAACAAUCUAAACCUGUAUUUACACAUGUUAUUGAAGAAAUUCAAGCUGAAACUGUACAAAUGGAGAUUGAUGUGAACAGGGUUAAAGAAGUUGUCUCCAAACUACCUGGAUUUAAGCUGCCACAUGAAGAUAUUUCAGGACUGUCUUUUCACCAGGAAAUUACCAAAACAGAUGUGCAGGCAGAAAAAGUCAAAGUGACAGUGCAUACAACACUACCAAAACAGGACCAAAAUAUCACAAAGUCUGACGUACCAAAUUACUAUUCAGAAACUAUUAAUACAACCACAGUUACACCAGUCAAAUUGCCCAAACCACUGCUUCCUGAUUCAGAUAGCCAUGAACACAUUACUGUGACCUACACUGAGGACAAAACAAUACCCAGGAACACUGGAAUCACCAUUGAACUUUAUAAACGGGAGGACUUAGAGAUCCCUGGAAUGGAAGCUAUCCAAACAACAGGACGUGUUCAGAAUACAAGCAUCCAGUUGCAAAAAGAAUCAAAGCAUAAAGAAGCCACAAUAGAAAAACCUUUUGAAUCUGAAAUACCAGCCACAACAGAUAAGGGAAAUCUUAUAAGUUUUGACAUAACUGGAUCAAAUAAGGAGACAAAGAAAGGAAAAAUGCCAACACCUGGCUUUGGAAUGGUUAAAUCGGAUGAAACAUUUCCAGAAAUUGGGAUUCAGUUCCCUAAGACAGGUAUUUCUCUUAAAAUAGAUGAGAUCAAAGAUGGAGAGGUAUCUGGAAAAACAUCAAAUUUUGAUAUUACAGACUCUAAUAUAGAGUAUAAUAUUAAAGUUGAAAAAGUCACUGUCUCCCCAGCCGAAUUUAAACUACCCUCUUUUGCAUCAUCCAAAUUUGAACUCUCUGAUCCUGAACUGAAUUUCAGUGCAUCAAAAAUGGUAGAUAUCCAACAAUCGGAUGCUGAACUCAAGGACCCCUAUUUUGAAUAUGAAAUACAAAAAGAAGUUGCUUUGGGGAUUGGACAAAAAGAAAGAAAGCCAUCGAUGACAAUCUCCAAAGUUGGAUGGUCGAAACCUGAAUUUGUUCCUGAAGUGGAUUCAAGUGAUUCAAAAUGUGAUAUUCAAAUUCAAGGGGGAAAAGUGGAGGUCACUUACACAGGUGGGGAUUUAAAACCAACAGAUAUAAAGCUUGACAUCAAGGAUUUUGAAUCUAAGGGAAAAGAAAGUACAUUCAAACUACCAACAAUUAAGCUCCCUAAAUUAGGUCUGGAAUCUCCACCUAUCACCAUGGAAGUCGUCGAUGUAAAGAAGGAAGUAGAAAUUGGUGUAGUUGACACUCCAGAAGACAAGCUAUCAAUGUCAGUGGAGGGACCUGGAGUUGAUAUAGAAGCUCCAUCUAUAGAUAUGGAUGUGAAGAGCAAAGGGGUUGAACUUGAGGGACAAGGAAACAAGUUUAAGAUGCCAAAGUUUGGAAUCUCACUGCCAAAAGUCAAAGGUCCUGAAAUUGACCUCAGUUUGUCAAAAACAGACAAGGACAGGACUUUACCAGAAGCGAAAGCAGAGAUCCAACUACCUGAUGCUGAAGUGAAAGAUAUUUCAGGAGAUGCAGCAAUACCAGAAGUAGCAGUACCAGAUGUUGAAGUGAAAGUUAACAGAAGGAAGUUUUCAUUCCCUAAGUUUGGAUUUUCAAAGCCAGACAUGAAAUCCCCUGAAGUGGAUGUCAGUCUUCCAAAGGUGGAUGUUUCUUUUCCUAAGGUUAAAAUAGAAGCCAAAGCGCCAGAAAUCAAAAUUAAAGCACCCGAAAGUAAAGCUGAAGUCAAAAGUUCCCCAACAAAAUUUGUACUACCAGUAGUAAAAGUCCCUAAAUUUGGACUGGAUGCUCCACAUGUCACUGUGGAAGUACCUGAUGUAAAGGAGGAAGUAGAAAUUGGUGUGGUCGAUGUUCCAGAUUCAAAGCUAUCAAUGUCAGUGAAGGGACCUGUACUUGAUAUAAAAGCUCCAUCUAUAGAUGUUGAUACGAAAAGCAAGGGGGUUGAACUUGAGGGACAAGGAAACAAGUUUAAGAUGCCAAAGUUUGGAAUCGCACUGCCAAAAGUCAAAGGUCCUGAAAUGGACUUCAGUUUGUCAAAAACAGAUAAGGACAUGACUUUACCAGAAGCCAAAGCAGAGAUCAAAGUACCUGAUGUUGGAGUCAAAGGUUCCCCAACAAAAUUCAAACUACCAACAAUGAAGCUCCCUAAAUUUGGUCUGGAAUCUCCACAUGUCACUGUGGAAGUACCUGAUGUAAAGGAGGAAGUAGAAAUUGGUGUGGUCGAUGUUCCAGAUUCAAAACUAUCAAUGUCAGUGAAGGGACCUGUACUUGAUAUAGAAGCUCCAUCUAUAGAUGUUGAUGUGAAUAGCAAAGCGGUUGAACUUGAGGGACAAGGAAACAAGUUUAAGAUGCCAAAGAUUGGAAUCUCACUGCCAAAAGUCAAAGGUCCUGAAAUGGACUUCAGUUUGUCAAAAACAGAUAAGGACAUGACUUUACCAGAAGCCAAAGCAGAGAUACAACUACCUGAUGCUGAAGUCAAAGGUUCCCCAACAAAAUUCAAACUACCAACAGUGAAGCUCCCUAAAUUUGGACUGGAUGCUUCAAAUGUCACUGUGGAAGUACCUGAUGUAAAGGAGGAAGUAGAAAUUGGUGUGGUCGAUGUUCCAGAUUCAAAACUAUCAAUGUCAGUGAAGGGACCUGUACUUGAUAUAAAAGCUCCAUCUAUAGAUGUUGAUGUGAAGAGCAAAGGGGUUGAACUUGAGGGACAAGGAAACAAGUUUAAGAUGCCAAAGUUUGAAAUCUCACUGCCAAAAGUCAAAGGUCCUGAAAUGGACUUCAGUUUGUUCAAAACAGAUAAGGACAUGACUUUACCAGAAGCCAAAGCAGAGAUCCAACUACCUGAUGUUGAAGUCAAAGGUUCCCCAACAAAAUUCAAACUACCAACAAUGAAGCUCCCUAAAUUUGGUCUGGAAUCUCCACAUGUCACUGUGGAAGUACCUGAUGUAAAGGAGGAAGUAGAAAUUGGUGUGGUCGAUGUUCCAGAUUCAAAACUAUCAAUGUCAGUGAAGGGACCUGUACUUGAUAUAGAAGCUCCAUCUAUAGAUGUGGAUGUGAAUAGCAAAGCGGUUGAACUUGAGGGACAAGGAAACAAGUUUAAGAUGCCAAAGUUUGGAAUCUCACUGCCAAAAGUCAAAGGUCCUGAAAUGGACUUCAGUUUGUCAAAAACAGAUAAGGACAUGACUUUACCAGAAGCCAAAGCAGAGAUACAACUACCUGAUGCUGAAGUCAAAGGUUCCCCAACAAAAUUCAAACUACCAACAGUGAAACUCCCUAAAUUUGGACUGGAUGCUCCACAUGUCAAUGUAGAAGUCCCAGAUGUAAAGAAGGAAGUGAAAAAUGGUGCGUUCGAUUUUCCAGAUUCAAAGCUACCAAUGUCAUUGGAGGGACCUGGAGUUGAUGUAGAAGCUCCAUCUAUAGAUGUUGAUGUGAAGAGCAAAGGGGUUGAACUUGACGGACAAGGAAACAAGUUUAAGAUGCCAAAGUUUGGAAUCUCACUGCCAAAAGUCAAAGGUCCUGAAAUGGACUUCAGUUUGACAAAAACAGAUAAGGACAUGACUUUACCAGAAGCCAAAGCAGAGAUCCAAAUACCUGAUGUUGAAGUCAAAGGUUCCCCAACAAAAUUCAAACUACCAGCAGUGAAACUCCCUAAAAUUGGACUGGAUGCUCCACAUGUUAAUGUAGAAGUCCCAUAUGUAAAGAAGGAAGUGAAAAUUGGUGAGUUCGAUGUUCCAGAUGCAAAGCUACCAAUGUCAUUGGAGGGACCUGGAGUUGAUAUAAAAGCUCCAUCUAUAGAUGUUGAUGUGAAGAGCAAAGGGGUUGAACUUGAGGGACAAGGAAACAAGUUUAAGAUGCCAAAGUAUGGAAUCUCACUGCCAAGAGUCAAGGGUCCUGAAAUGGACUUCAGUUUGUCAAAAACAGACAAGGACAUGACAUUACCAGAAGCCAAAGCAGAAGUCCAAAUACCUGAUGUUGAAGUCAAAGGUUCCCCAACUAAAUUCAAACUACCAACAAUGAAGCUCCCUAAAUUUGGUCUGGAAUCUCCAUAUGUCACUGUGGCAGUACCUGAUGUAAAGAAAGAAGUAGAAAUUGGUGUGGUUGACGUUCCAGAAGCAAAGCUAUCAAUGUCAGUGGAGGGACCUGGAGUUGAUAUAGAAGCUCCAUCUAUAGAUGUGGAUGUGAAGAGCAAGGGAGUUGAAAUUGAUGGACAAGGGAGCAAGUUUAAGAUGCCAAAGUUUGGAAUCUCAAUGCCGAAAGUCAAACGUCCUGAAAUUGACUUAAGUUUGUCAAAAACAGGCUCUGCAGUGGAGUUACCAGAAGCCAAGGCAGAGGUCCAACUACCUGAUUUUCAAGUCAAAGAUAUUUCAGGAGAUGCCGCACUACCGGAAGCAGCAGCUCCAGAUGUUGAUGUGAAAGUUAACAGGAGGAAGUUUUCAUUCCCUAAAUUUGGAUUUUCAAAGCCAGACAUUAAAGGCCCUGAAGUUGAUGUCAGUCUUCCAGAGGUGGACAUUUCUCUACCAGAGGUUAAGAUGGAAGCCAAAGAGCCAGAACUCAAAAUUAAAGCGCCAGAAGGUGAAAUGGAAGUGACAAGUUCCCCAACUAAAGUCAAACUACCAACAAUGAAGCUCCCUAAAUUUGGUCUGGAAUCUCCACAUGUCACUGUGGCAGUACCUGAUGUAAAGAAAGAAGUAGAAAUUGGUGUGGUUGACGUUCCAGAAGCAAAGCUAUCAAUGUCAGUGGAGGGACCUGGAGUUGAUAUAGAAGCUCCAUCUAUAGAUGUGGAUGUGAAGAGCAAGGGAGUUGACCUUGAUGGACAAGGGAGCAAAUUUAAGAUGCCAAAGUUUGGAAUCUCAAUGCCGAAAGUCAAAGGUCCUGAAAUUGACUUAAGUUUGUCAAAAACAGGCUCUGCAGUUGAGUUACCAGAAGCCAAGGCAGAGGUCCAACUACCUGAUUUUCAAGUCGAAGAUAUUUCAGGUGAUGCCGCACUACCGGAAGCAGCAGCUCCAGAUGUUGAUGUGAAAGUUAACAGGAGGAAGUUUUCAUUCCCUAAAUUUGGAUUUUCAAAGCCAGACAUUAAAGGCCCUGAAGUUGAUGUCAGUCUUCCAGAGGUGGACAUUUCUCUACCAGAGGUUAAGAUGGAAGCCAAAGAGCCAGAACUCAAAAUUAAAGCGCCAGAAGGUGAAAUGGAAGUGACAAGUUCCCCAACUAAAUUCAAACUACCAACAAUGAAGCUCCCUAAAUUUGGUCUGGAAUCUCCACAUGUCACUGUGGCAGUACCUGAUGUAAAGAAAGAAGUAGAAAUUGGUGUGGUUGACGUUCCAGAAGCAAAGCUAUCAAUGUCAGUGGAGGGACCUGGAGUUGAUAUAGAAGCUCCAUCUAUAGAUGUGGAUGUGAAGAGCAAGGGAGUUGAAAUUUAUGGACAAGGGAGCAAGUUUAAGAUGCCAAAGUUUGGAAUCUCAAUGCCGAAAGUAAAAGGUCCUGAAAUUGACUUAAGUUUGUCAAAAACAGGCUCUGCAGUUGAGUUACCAGAAGCCAAGGCAGAGGUCCAACUACCUGAUUUUCAAGUCGAAGAUAUUUCAGGUGAUGCCGCACUACCGGAAGCAGCAGCUCCAGAUGUUGACGUGAAAGUUAACAGGAGGAAGUUUUCAUUCCCUAAAUUUGGAUUUUCAAAGCCAGACAUUAAAGGCCCUGAAGUUGAUGUCAGUCUUCCAGAGGUGGACAUUUCUCUACCAGAGGUUAAGAUGGAAGCCAAAGAACCAGAACUCAAAAUUAAAGCACCAGAAGGUGAAAUGGAAGUGACAAGUUCCCCAACUAAAUUCAAACUACCAACAAUGAAGCUCCCUAAAUUUGGUCUGGAAUCUCCACAUGUCACUGUGGCAGUACCUGAUGUAAAGAAAGAAGUAGAAAUUGGUGUGGUUGACGUUCCAGAAGCAAAGCUAUCAAUGUCAGUGGAGGGACCUGGAGUUGAUAUAGAAGCUCCAUCUAUAGAUGUGGAUGUGAAGAGCAAGGUAGUUGACGUUGAUGGACAAGGGAGCAAAUUUAAGAUGCCAAAGUUUGGAAUCUCAAUGCCGAAAGUCAAACGUCCUGAAACUGACUUAAGUUUGUCAAAAACAGGCUCUGCAGUUGAAUUACCAGAAGCCAAGGCAGAGGUCCAACUACCUGAUUUUCAAGUCAAAGAUAUUUCAGGAGAUGCCGCACUACCGGAAGCAGCAGCUCCAGAUGUUGAUGUGAAAGUUAACAGGAGGAAGUUUUCAUUCCCUAAAUUUGGAUUUUCAAAGCCAGACAUUAAAGGCCCUGAAGUUGAUGUCAGUCUUCUAGAGGUGGACGUUUCUCUACCAGAGGUUAAGAUGGAAGCCAAGGAGCCAGAACUCAAAAUUAAAGCACCAGAAGGUGAAAUGGAAGUGACAAGUUCCCCAACUAAAUUCAAACUACCAACAAUGAAGCUCCCUAAAUUUGGUCUGGAAUCUCCACAUGUCACUGUGGCAGUACCUGAUGUAAAGAAAGAAGUAGAAAUUGGUGUGGUUGACGUUCCAGAAGCAAAGCUAUCGAUGUCAGUGGAGGGACCUGGAGUUGAUAUAGAAGCUCCAUCUAUAGAUGUGGAUGUGAAGAGCAAGGGAGUUGACGUUGAUGGACAAGGGAGCAAGUUUAAGAUGCCAAAGUUUGGAAUCUCAAUGCCGAAAGUCAAAGGUCCUGAAAUUGACUUAAGUUUGUCAAAAACAGGCUCUGCAGUUGAGUUACCAGAAGCCAAGGCAGAGGUCCAACUACCUGAUUUUCAAGUCGAAGAUAUUUCAGGUGAUGCUGCACUACCGGAAGCAGCAGCUCCAGAUGUUGACGUGAAAGUUAACAGGAGGAAGUUUUCAUUCCCUAAAUUUGGAUUUUCAAAGCCAGACAUUAAAGGCCCUGAAGUUGAUGUCAGUCUUCCAGAGGUGGACAUUUCUCUACCAGAGGUUAAGAUGGAAGCCAAAGAGCCAGAACUCAAAAUUAAAGCGCCAGAAGGUGAAAUGGAAGUGACAAGUUCCCCAACUAAAUUCAAACUACCAACAAUGAAGCUCCCUAAAUUUGGUCUGGAAUCUCCACAUGUCACUGUGGCAGUACCUGAUGUAAAGAAAGAAGUAGAAAUUGGUGUGGUUGACGUUCCAGAAGCAAAGCUAUCAAUGUCAGUGGAGGGACCUGGAGUUGAUAUAGAAGCUCCAUCUAUAGAUGUGGAUGUGAAGAGCAAGGGAGUUGACGUUGAUGAACAAGGGAGCAAGUUUAAGAUGCCAAAGUUUGGAAUCUCAAUGCCGAAAGUCAAAGGUCCUGAAAUUGACUUAAGUUUUUCAAAAACAGGCUCUGCAGUUGAGUUACCAGAAGCCAAGGCAGAGGUCCAACUACCUGAUUUUCAAGUCGAAGAUAUUUCAGGUGAUGCCGCACUACCGGAAGCAGCAGCUCCAGAUGUUGAUGUGAAAGUUAACAGGAGGAAGUUUUCAUUCCCUAAAUUUGGAUUUUCAAAGCCAGACAUUAAAGGCCCUGAAGUUGAUGUCAGUCUUCCAGAGGUGGACAUUUCUCUACCAGAGGUUAAGAUGGAAGCCAAAGAGCCAGAACUCAAAAUUAAAGCGCCAGAAGGUGAAAUGGAAGUGACAAGUUCCCCAACUAAAUUCAAACUACCAACAAUGAAGCUCCCUAAAUUUGGUCUGGAAUCUCCACAUGUCACUGUGGCAGUACCUGAUGUAAAGAAAGAAGUAGAAAUUGGUGUGGUUGACGUUCCAGAAGCAAAGCUAUCAAUGUCAGUGGAGGGACCUGGAGUUGAUAUAGAAGCUCCAUCUAUAGAUGUGGAUGUGAAGAGCAAGGGAGUUGAAAUUGAUGGACAAGGGAGCAAGUUUAAGAUGCCAAAGUUUGGAAUCUCAAUGCCGAAAGUCAAAGGUCCUGAAAUUGACUUAAGUUUUUCAAAAACAGGCUCUGCAGUUGAGUUACCAGAAGCCAAGGCAGAGGUCCAACUACCUGAUUUUCAAGUCGAAGAUAUUUCAGGUGAUGCCGCACUACCGGAAGCAGCAGCUCCAGAUGUUGAUGUGAAAGUUAACAGGAGGAAGUUUUCAUUCCCUAAAUUUGGAUUUUCAAAGCCAGACAUUAAAGGCCCUGAAGUUGAUGUCAGUCUUCCAGAGGUGGACAUUUCUCUACCAGAGGUUAAGAUGGAAGCCAAAGAGCCAGAACUCAAAAUUAAAGCGCCAGAAGGUGAAAUGGAAGUGACAAGUUCCCCAACUAAAUUCAAACUACCAACAAUGAAGCUCCCUAAAUUUGGUCUGGAAUCUCCACAUGUCACUGUGGCAGUACCUGAUGUAAAGAAAGAAGUAGAAAUUGGUGUGGUUGACGUUCCAGAAGCAAAGCUAUCAAUGUCAGUGGAGGGACCUGGAGUUAAUAUAGAAGCUCCAUCUAUAGAUGUGGAUGUGAAGAGCAAGGGAGUUGAAAUUGAUGGACAAGGGAGCAAGUUUAAGAUGCCAAAGUUUGGAAUCUCAAUGCCGAAAGUCAAAGGUCCUGAAAUUGACUUAAGUUUUUCAAAAACAGGCUCUGCAGUUGAGUUACCAGAAGCCAAGGCAGAGGUCCAACUACCUGAUUUUCAAGUCGAAGAUAUUUCAGGUGAUGCCGCACUACCGGAAGCAGCAGCUCCAGAUGUUGAUGUGAAAGUUAACAGGAGGAAGUUUUCAUUCCCUAAAUUUGGAUUUUCAAAGCCAGACAUUAAAGGCCCUGAAGUUGAUGUCAGUCUUCCAGAGGUGGACAUUUCUCUACCAGAGGUUAAGAUGGAAGCCAAAGAGCCAGAACUCAAAAUUAAAGCGCCAGAAGGUGAAAUGGAAGUGACAAGUUCCCCAACUAAAUUCAAACUACCAACAAUGAAGCUCCCUAAAUUUGGUCUGGAAUCUCCACAUGUCACUGUGGCAGUACCUGAUGUAAAGAAAGAAGUAGAAAUUGGUGUGGUUGACGUUCCAGAAGCAAAGCUAUCAAUGUCAGUGGAGGGACCUGGAGUUGAUAUAGAAGCUCCAUCUAUAGAUGUGGAUGUGAAGAGCAAGGGAGUUGAAAUUGAUGGACAAGGGAGCAAGUUUAAGAUGCCAAAGUUUGGAAUCUCAAUGCCGAAAGUCAAAGGUCCUGAAAUUGACUUAAGUUUGUCAAAAACAGGCUCUGCAGUUGAGUUACCAGAAGCCAAGGCAGAGGUCCAACUACCUGAUUUUCAAGUCGAAGAUAUUUCAGGUGAUGCCGCACUACCGGAAGCAGCAGCUCCAGAUGUUGAUGUGAAAGUUAACAGGAGGAAGUUUUCAUUCCCUAAAUUUGGAUUUUCAAAGCCAGACAUUAAAGGCCCUGAAGUUGAUGUCAGUCUCCCAGAGGUGGACAUUUCUCUACCAGAGGUUAAGAUGGAAGCCAAAGAACCAGAACUCAAAAUUAAAGCACCAGAAGGUGAAAUGGAAGUGACAAGUUCCCCAACUAAAUUCAAACUACCAACAAUGAAGCUCCCUAAAUUUGGUCUGGAAUCUCCACAUGUCACUGUGGCAGUACCUGAUGUAAAGAAAGAAGUAGAAAUUGGUGUGGUUGACGUUCCAGAAGCAAAGCUAUCAAUGUCAGUGGAGGGACCUGGAGUUGAUAUAGAAGCUCCAUCUAUAGAUGUGGAUGUGAAGAGCAAGGGAGUUGAAAUUGAUGGACAAGGGAGCAAGUUUAAGAUGCCAAAGUUUGGAAUCUCAAUGCCGAAAGUCAAAGGUCCUGAAAUUGACUUAAGUUUGUCAAAAACAGGCUCUGCAGUUGAGUUACCAGAAGCCAAGGCAGAGGUCCAACUACCUGAUUUUCAAGUUGAAGAUAUUUCAGGUGAUGCCGCACUACCGGAAGCAGCAGCUCCAGAUGUUGACGUGAAAGUUAACAGGAGGAAGUUUUCAUUCCCUAAAUUUGGAUUUUCAAAGCCAGACAUUAAAGGCCCUGAAGUUGAUGUCAGUCUUCCAGAGGUGGACAUUUCUCUACCAGAGGUUAAGAUGGAAGCCAAAGAACCAGAACUCAAAAUUAAAGCACCAGAAGGUGAAAUGGAAGUGACAUGUUCCCCAACUAAAUUCAAACUACCAACAAUGAAGCUCCCUAAAUUUGGUCUGGAAUCUCCACAUGUCACUGUGGCAGUACCUGAUGUAAAGAAAGAAGUAGAAAUUGGUGUGGUUGACGUUCCAGAAGCAAAGCUAUCAAUGUCAGUGGAGGAACCUGGAGUUGAUAUAGAAGCUCCAUCUAUAGAUGUGGAUGUGAAGAGCAAGGGAGUUGACGUUGAUGGACAAGGGAGCAAGUUUAAGAUGCCAAAGUUUGGAAUCUCAAUGCCGAAAGUCAAACGUCCUGAAACUGACUUAAGUUUGUCAAAAACAGGCUCUGCAGUUGAAUUACCUGAAGCCAAGGCAGAGGUCCAACUACCUGAUUUUCAAGUCAAAGAUAUUUCAGGAGAUGCCGCACUACCGGAAGCAGCAGCUCCAGAUGUUGAUGUGAAAGUUAACAGGAGGAAGUUUUCAUUCCCUAAAUUUGGAUUUUCAAAGCCAGACAUUAAAGGCCCUGAAGUUGAUGUCAGUCUUCCAGAGGUGGACAUUUCUUUAGCAGAGGUUAAGAUGGAAGCCACAGAGCCAGAACUCAAAGUUAAAGCACCAGAAAGUGAAGCUGAAGUCAAAGGUUCUCCAACAAAAUUCAAACUACCAACAAUGAAGCUCCCUAAAUUUGGACUUCAGUCUCCUAAUGUGACUGUGGAAGUACCCGAUGUAAAGAAGGUAGUAGAAAUGGGUGAGGUUGACGUUCCACAAGCCAAGCAUUCAAUGUCAGUGAAGGGACCUGGAGUUGAUAUAGAAACUCCUUCUAUAGAAGUUGAUGUGAAGAGCAAAGGGGUUGAACUUGAGGGUCAAGGAAGCAAGUUUAAGAUGCCAAAGUUUGGAAUCUCCCUGCCGAAAGUAAAAGGUCCUGAGAUUGAUGUAACCGUCUCAAAAACAGACAUUGAUGUGACAUUACCAGAAGCCAAAGCAGAGGUCCAGCUACCUGAUGUUGAAGUCAAAGAUCCUUUUGGAGGUGUUGCAGUACCAGAUGUAGCAGCUUCAGAUGUUAAUGUUAUCAAGCGUAGGAUUUCAUUCCCUAAAUUUGGAUUUUCAAAACCAGACGUCAAACAGACUGAAGUUGAUGUCAGUCUUCCAGAACGUAACAUCUCCGUGGCAGAACAAAUAAUGGAUAUCAAAGAACCAGAGGGGAAAGGUACAAGGCAAGAGAGUCACACUGAAGUGAAAGAUGUUGGCUCCCCUACAAGGUUCAAGAUGCCAACUAUUAAAUUCCCUAAAUUUGGUUCAAGUGUCUCAAAUGUCACUGCAGAGACACACAAUUUGGAGACAGAUAUGAAAGCAGAGAGUCCGCAGAGUAAAAAGGAUCUCCCUGAGCAGGAGGCACAGACAGAUGAGAGGAUGAAGACAGAAGCAAUGCAGGAGACUGACAGUCAGGCCUCUCCAAGCAAGUUUAAACUCCCAGCCUUCAAUAUGCAGUGGCUCAGUGUGUCUAAAUCCAAACUCGAAGACAGCCAUACACACAGUGGUGACUCGGAAGAGAAACUUAAAAAUCAAGAAACUGAAAAAGGAGAGAAAAAAUCCCCCUUGUUAACAAUGUCAUCCUUCGGAGACAUACUGAAGGUCAUUGAUGUUGAAUUUGACGUUCCUACUUUAGAGGAAGUGGAGGAAAAGCUGACACCUUCCAUGGAAGGAUCACCAGUCAGAAGUAAAACCAUACUAGAUGCUGGCCCAACACCUGAGAAAAGUGGUUGGUUUAAAUUCCCAAACUUUGGACGGCAUUCACCUUCAGAAUCCCCUAAAGUCCAAGAAAAAGAGUCCAAGGACCAUAUGAACAUUGCUGCUGGUGACUCAGUGGAAGAUGACGUCAGCUUAACCCUCUCCCUGAGGUCAUCAGAUGCCUUUGCUGAUAUCAGCUCGACAGUAACAAGUGAACAAGUAGCCAUAUCCUCUGCUUCUCCAACCAAGGUAAUGGUUAAGUAUACUGACCCUAAUGCCACUGUGAGAGAGACGAAGGGUGAUGUUAUCACUUCCACUGCAAGGACUGAACUGAUCUCACUUGAACCACACUUGCCAGAGAAAAUCACCAUUCCAGCAUUGUCUAGCACAUCAUCGUCCUCUGUAGACACACUUAAACUUGAGAGUGGUGAGAUACAUGUAAUCACGUCAAACAUACAAGCCACACCAGAGGCACAGCAGGUCACAGUGUUUACUGAUGUCCAGAUGCGCUCGGCUACCAAAGAUGCUUCCGGUCUGUGGAGUGGUGAGAGCUCAGCUGUUCAGAGGCAUGUGGUGAGGGAGGCAUCAGGACAUGGCAUAGAAACGGUUGUAUUAACUGAGAGAGUCACACAUGUAGGGGUCCAUCCCGGUGAGGCUAUAUCAGAUGAAACAGCCUCCUCCAUCAGACGGUUAAAGGACACUGUGCACUCGGAGAAAAUGAAGUUCUUUGAUGGAACUGAAAAAUAAUAUGUUGUGAUGUUUAUCAAAAACAAUAGAACAGACAGUAAUUGUAUUCUAAACUAUGACUCAGUUUUAGCAUAAGCAAUCAUAUUUUAGUACGCUUAUAGUGCACACUUGCUGUAACCAAUAUAAAAUGUUAACUAAAAUAUCAACUUCAUAAAACUGUUAACAAUGUCUCGUUUAGUCAUGUUAUGUGAUUAUGCAUAUCUAGACCAUGUUCCAGUGUGUAAUCUGAGAUUAUUUGAUUAAUCCACUGUCGUGAGCCUAAAGCACAAUCUAUAAUUUCCCUUUGUUUUGAUGCCAACAUCAAGUUAUUAUGGUUUAUCAGUUUCAUAUAAUGUAUAAUAAUUUUUUACCUUCAUUUAACUGUUAAUGAAUAUAGAAUGCACCAAAUGUUAACAUAGUGCUCAUGAGUUGAAAUGUUUACAUUAUAUUUAUGCUAUUAUCAUCUUACAUAGUCACGCUUACAAAAUACAAUUGGAUGUUCAAAUAUAUUUAAUAAAUUAAAAUGUAUGCAGGGAUUUAAAGCCAGAGAUUAAGUUACUUUUAAACAAUAUUUGUUAUUUUUCAAUUUGCCACCAAAAUGAUAGCACACAUUCUGUAUUCUGCAAUUUGUAUUGUUCACUGUAUAAAGUUAUAAAAACAACAACGCUAUUGUAAAUAUUUGUUGACUUUAUUAUUUCUUAUGGAGUGUGACUUUGAUUGUAUCUCAGGAUUAUAUUCAGUACCUCAUUUAGUCAAUGUACUUAAUAUACACAAUAAAUAUUAUGGAAUAUUUGUUGUCUUUGUGAAUAUAAAGUGAAUCGUUUUUCACUCAUGAAAACAGGACUGGGCUGAUAUUGUUUCAUAUAUAAAUAAAGAUAUAUUGUAUUUGUGUAUACAUUAAAUACUACAAAAAUUCAAUAUUUGUUUAUGAUGAGGGGAAUCUACUUUAGUACAUAAGUGAUCACACCCCAAUUGGAUGUUUUGGAACUAUAUUUUCAAGCGUUAAUGUUUUUCAGCACAAUCAUUUACCAUACUGAACAAUAUUCUCAGUCCUCAUGUCGUAUGUAUGACACAACGUGGACAUGCUCUCAGUUUGGAACACAAACUUGGAAUGAGAUGGGCGAGCAGUCAGAGAUACAAUAUACUACAAUCAUUUUUGACCCAUCACUUCCCCAGUUUCAUAAAGACAGUGCCUUUCAUUUUAACAUUUUUUGUUCCCUGUAAUUGAAAAUGCAGUACAGUAGACCAUCUCUUCAGCCUCUGAUGGUGGUGGUGGUGGACCGCAGCCUGUUCUUCAGGCUUCAGCCUUUUUCCUAUUGGCUUAAUUGGUGUCGAAUUACAAUAUGUCCAGUAAGCACACAUUUUAAAACUUGUAUAAACGCAUUAUACUUUCAAACGAACAAAAUACAAAAAAUGGCAAAAAAUGGCUGAGGAUUAAAAAGUGGUAUUGCUCAGAAUCUUUUUGGCCACUGUGUUGUUGAAUGAAGGUCAGCAUCAUCACAAUUGCUUGUAUUGCAAUUAAACCUUACUGGUUUAUUGUAUUUUUGUAUUUAAUCUUCAGUUGCUGCCAAGUGUGUUUGAUGCCUGUUGGGCUGCACCUAAAUAAUACAUAAAUAUGAACGCACAUAGAUAUAAAUGUUUAAUAAGUGGAAGGUAAUUUUUUUCUCCAAACGAUAGGCCUGCUCACAUAUUGACUUGGUCAAAUAUAUUCUGUCAUGCCAACUCACAUUCUUUCGCUGCUGCUAUGGUACUGCUUUUUAAAACAAAAUAUUGGUAAAUAUUCAGCAUAGCAGUCACUAAUAUUUUAAAAUUACACUGGGGAGAAAUGGCAGAUUCAAUGGUUUCCUCCCGUUGCCAUGAUGAAAAGUGUGAUCUGUGUUUCAUCGGUGACGGCUUUUUAUAUCCUCAUGCCCGAGCUUUACACAGGGUUAAUUAGGCUCCGAGUUGGCUAAACACAUUUUUAUCACCUGUCCUGAAACCGUCAAUUUCGAGUUUGACAGCUCAGAGUCAGUCAACCCAGAGUUGUGGUUUGAACUUGAGUAGGUUAACCCUGCUUUCUGAAAUAUCCCCAUUAUGUGACAUGGAGCCUUCACAAUGCUGGAAGCAUGCAGAGGACCACUAUUACAAACACUGCUUUUAACAUGUAAAUGUAUCCUUCUGAAAUGUCAAAGCUCUCAGUGAAUUGUGUCGUGUUGCUCUGCUUCACUGUCAACUGUAUGUCUGAGUGGACUGUGACCACCUUCAGCAAAACUGCCAUCCCACAGACCUCCUCUGACAGCAUCUCUGCUUGUUAAGACCAGAAAGCUGCCUAGAUGACCUGCGUGCAGUAGAGACUGUAUACACAAACAGAAAGCUGACUAGAUGACCUAAACAGGAGACAAUGUCAAAGACCAAAUGUACAAUAUUUUGAUAUUAUUUUAGAAAGGAAGUAAUAUCAGUAACACUUUUGUAAGAAUGGCGAUAAUAACACAUUGAUUAAUCAUUUAUAAAACCUUUAUAAGCAUGUAAUUUAUAAGCAUGUCACAGACGAUAUGUACACAAAGAAAUACAUUGGAACUCAGAAAUUAUUUGGAACAUGCAUAUUAAUGUUGAAUAAACGCCUCAUGAAUACUUUAUCAUCAACACUGGGUAAAGUAUCAAGAAUCAGCUGUUAUGCUCAUAGCAUGUCAUAGCAUCACCCCAUUAACAAGAUUCGGCCACUCUACCUGAGGAAACUACUCACUGUUUAAAAGCCUCUAUGACAAGAGGCUAGUAAAGUAUAACAGUGUAUCUUUGCUACAUGGCAUCUACAUAAUAGGCAAAUAAGCAGAUAUUCGUCAGCAAAUGUUUUGAUCUUUUAUGUAGAAAUUUAAAACAACCUUAAAA